AUGGAGCGAGUACGACCACGACCAGCGCCUCAGCCAGACUCUUAUCGAAUGUCUGUUUUUACAGAGGUUGGCCUGGUGGACGAGCAGAAAAUCCGGGAAGAGCGGAGUCCGGUGCGCGCACAUGGUGAGGCUUUGAAGAGGUUACGACCAGUCAAGGUGUUGCGAUUUAGAAGUCAGAACGAUAUUUUCGAUGAAAGAGGACAAAACUCGGACGACGACAAGGAUGAGUGGGAAUCAGUCUAUGAUGAAGACGAGACCAACGACUCCGUGGCUUCCAUGAAGGAUACCACAACACAAUCAGUCAUGCCCACGAGACUCUAUCGAUUAGGACUAUUGAGUCUUUUACUAGCCUUAAUGCUACCGAUCAUGCAGCUCAACCCACUCAAGCACAUUGGUGUAAGAGCUGGCGCUGUCCCCGUAAACUGGGUUGAAGCCAAUGUCCAAUAUUCAUCUCUAAUGAGGCGAGAAGAUAGUCCUACUGAUGCGUGUAGGCGGUGGAGCGGCCAGAGUGCUAUUGUCAAUGGCACACUAUACAUGUAUGGUUUCCGCAGGACCACCGAGGCUCAACAAAAGGACAACACGUGGAAUAACGAUUUCCUUACUCUUGACCUUACCGAGUCCUGGCAGAUUAGUUCGCCUGCUCUCAAAGGCCUUCCCAAGCCCAACGGACCACCUGCUGUAUCGCUUGGUCAGCUUUGGUCAUCUUUCGAUUCGCUUUGGCUCUAUGGUGGCCAAUUUUCCGAUACCCCUAUAGUCCAGGCAGGAAACAACUCGGUAUGGGAGUACAACAUUGGAAGCCAGCAAUGGAUCGAACAUCCAGACCCAAAGACAUCUGCUGGUGAUAAAUCAGAAGAUGCUGGACAAUCGGUGCAGCGCGUUGCUGAAGGCGCUGGUCUCACCGUCAGUACACUUGGCAGAGGAUUCUACUUUGCUGGCCACCUAGACUUUCUCACGACUGAGGGAUGGAGUAAUCAGGUCGCAAGGGUUUACUUGAAGAGUCUGUUGGAGUUUACAUUCCCUGGACGCAGUAAUGAUAAUGUCGAAUCUUUGGGUGAUGGCAAGACUGCUGGAUCUGACGGCGUGUUCCGCAACGUCACUUAUGGUGGACUGCAAAACACAGCAUCCUUCCCUGAGCGCGCUGAUAGUGCCCUUGUCUAUGUUCCCGGUUUCGGCAAGGAAGGUUUGUUGAUUGGUGUUACUGGUGGUGACAAUGCUACUUUUACGCAAAUGAACACUAUCGACGUCUACGAUAUCGCGACAUCGACAUGGUACAAGCAAAGCACUUCGGGAAAGACACCAGAGUACCGUGUCAACCCCUGUACUGUUGUUGCGGCUGCUGCAGACGGCUCGUCUUACAACAUAUACAUGUUUGCUGGCCAGGACCUAACACCACCCGGCAACCAGAAGCAGCGAGACGACAUGUGGAUUCUAUCCGUUCCGUCGUUUACCUGGAUUGAAGUUGAUCAGGGUACCGAAAAAGCGAGUAUCCCCCCACCUCGUGCCGGACAUUUGUGUCAUGCAUGGGAUGGACAAAUGAUUGUUCUUGGAGGUUACAACACGAACCUUGGCUGCGAUACGCCCGGAAUCUACGUCUUCAACAUGAGCAGUCUUAGCUGGAGCGAUCAAUUCACCGCCGUGACAGCAAAAAAUGCGCUGCAAAGGUACAACAAGGACGACAAGGGCAGCACGGGUAAUCCGCUUGCCCAGCAAAUCAACCAGCGAGGUUUUGGUGUCGAUGCUGGAGUCGAGGGAUCCUAUGGCUAUGCCGUUCCUGAGCCAGUACGACAGGUUAUCGGGGGUGGUCCCACUGGUGGUGCAACACUUACUGCGCCCCGUCAAACACCCACCCAAGGCCCCCUUGCGACAGGCAAGCCGCAAACCUACACAGUCACCGGCCCCGACGGCGCAACCAUCACCAACGUAAUCACCGGAAACCCAUCUUCCUCAUCCCGCGACGGCCCUAACAUCGGCGCCAUCAUCGCCGGCGUUAUCGCAGGCGUCUUUUUCGUCGUAGCCGCCUACUUUGGCUUUUGCGCAUGGAUCUACCGCCGCCAAGUCCAAAUCUGGAAGAAGCACGCUGCCGCCAUGCAGACGCGCGCAAAUGCUACGGCCGAGAAACACGGCACAUACACUUCGUCGUCUGGCAAACUCAGUUCCGAGCGUAACACUGGUACUGCGGGCGGAAGCAGCAGUGGCGGCGUGGCUGCAGGCUCUUUUGACAUUGCCAGGAGAAAUAGCGGUGAUGGUACGGCUUAUGGGGGCCCUGGGGCUGAAUGGGGACGACGAAAUAGCGAGGGAAGUGUUAUUGAUGGGCUUUUGGAUGUUCAUGAACCGACGUUCUGGGGUGCACGAGGUGUGCUGCUGAACCCAAGAAGAAGUCUGCGGGUUAUCAAUCGUGAUUAA